UACAGUGUAUCAGCAUCAGCAGCAUCACAGGUCAGGAAUCACAGUCUGCGUCCCUGUGCCAGCAGCAGGAACUACAUCUCCCAUAGAGCUGCAGCAAGCCCCCUCCUCCUACAGCAUCAUAGGAUCUAUCCUCCUCCGCAACUCACUGUAGAGACAAGGAGGGGGAGAUCGACAAUUCAGCCUGGCACCAACAGGAGAGGGGCUGAGAGGGAGGGUGAGAGACCCUGGAAUGAAGUAAGCCCUCAGCCAUGGUGAGGGAGGGGGCAGGGAUUUAUUCUCAGGCCUUGUGCAAGGAAGCAAUCCUCCUGGUCCUCCUCCCUGCAAGUCUCUAGACCAGAGCAUCCUUCAUCCUCAGGAAGAGGGAGGAGGAGGAGAGAGACAAGGUCUGAGCUGACAUGGAACACUGAAGACUCUGAGGCUGCUGCUGCUGCUGCUCUGUUAGACAGAGGUACCUGUUUUGGGGAUUCCCUGACUUGGAGAUUCCAGGGUGGAAAUAUGGAGAUCCUGGUGAUUGCACGUGCCAGCAGCCUCUUGCUGGUACUGCUACCCAGCUUCCUGCCAGUUCCCGGGCAGGUGGCCAUCAAAGUACCCCUGAAAAAUUAUCCAGGCCUUGGAGCAGUUCUCUCUAACAGAGCCAAGCGGUUUACAGAGGAUGAGAUGGGACAAGACAUCAACUUCAUGGACAUGAAAGACAAUCUGAGAGGAAAGUCUGGUCAAGGGUACUAUGUGGAAAUGAGGGUGGGCACUCCUCCACAGAUGCUUAAUAUUCUAGUUGAUACUGGCAGCAGUAACUUUGCAGUGGGCGCAGCACCUCACCCUUUCCUCAAAAGAUACUACCACCGCCAGCGAUCCAGAACAUACCGAGAUGUCAGAAGAGGGGUAUAUGUUCCGUAUACUCAGGGAAAGUGGGAAGGGGAAUUGGGUACAGAUUUGGUUACAAUCCCACAUGGUCCCAAUGUUACCAUCACAGCAAACAUUGCAGCCAUCACUGACUCUGACAAGUUCUUCAUCAACGGCUCUAACUGGGAAGGCAUUCUGGGACUUGCAUAUGCUGAAAUUGCCAGGCCUGAUGACACACUGGAACCAUAUUUUGACUCUCUGGUGAAGCAGACACGGGUCCCUAACAUCUUCUCUCUACAGCUGUGCGGCACAGGAUACCCCAUCAAGGAGAACAACUUUUCUUCCUCCGUAGGGGGGAGCAUGGUGAUUGGCUGGAUUGACCCAUCUCUGUAUGUAGGUAAUAUCUGGUACACACCAAUCAGAAAGGAGUGGUACUACGAGGUCAUCAUUGUAAAGAUUGAAAUCAAUGGACAGGAUUUAAUGAUGGACUGUAAAGAGUACAACUAUGAUAAGAGUAUCGUUGACAGCGGUACCACAAACCUACGGCUGCCUAAACGAGUGUUUGAUGAAGCAGUAAAAGCAAUUAAAGCCGCUUCCUCGACGGAGAAAUUCCCGGAUGGUUUCUGGUUGGGAGAACAGCUUGUUUGCUGGCAGGAAGGUACCACACCUUGGAAUAUCUUCCCGGUCAUAUCCCUCUAUCUGAUGGGCGAGGCUACAAACGAGUCUUUUCGCAUCACCAUAUUACCGCAGCAAUACCUGCGUCCUGUGGAAGACAUAGCUACCUCUCAGGAUGACUGUUAUAAAUUUGCAGUGUCCCAAUCUUCCACUGGCACAGUGAUGGGGGCUGUCAUCAUGGAGGGCUUUUAUGUUGUUUUUGACCGUGCUCGUAAACGCAUUGGAUUCGCAGUCAGCACAUGCCAUGUUCAUGACUACUCCCGCAAGGCGUCUGUGGAUGGCCCAUUUUAUGCCUCUGACCUGGAAGACUGUGGCUAUAACACCCCCCAGCUGGAUGAAUCUGCAUUGAUGACCACUGCAUAUGUAAUGGCUGGUGUGUGUGCCCUCUUCAUGCUCCCCCUCUGCCUAAUGCUGUUCCAGUGGCGUUGCUCCCGCUGCCUAAGACGAUCGCAAGAUGAUUUUGCCGAUGACAUUUCCCUGCUGAAAUAAGCAAGCAUCACCUCUGCUACUAUCCUGAGGUGGCUGCGCCCAAGUGGCAGCAAGAGAACCUGAGAUGAGCCGGGGAUCUGGACAUAGACCGUGCCUCGCUCCUGCCCAACACGGACUGCCAGCAAGCUAGGGCACAUGAAUCAAACGGUCUACGAAACGAUGGAUUACUUUGCAGCUUUACAAUACAGCCUUUUAAAUCUUUCACCUGUGAUUCAACAAAAAUGCAUCUUUAUAUGUAUCAAUGCUAAAGGAAAUGAGGACAUUGGGUGUGUAUAUUAACAGUAAGCCAUAAUGAAGUGCCACAGAAAGUGCAUUCCCUAUAGUUCACGCAUAAUAUGAUUGCUUCUUGUUUUUGGUUUGAUGGUCACGUCUAAGUGAACAUUAUGUGACCUAUAUAGAUGAGAGCGCUUAAAGGAGAUAGGGUAAAAGGAAGAGCAUAGGGAGAGAAGGCACAUGAGUACUGAAUAGGCAGAUCUCUAGGGAUCUACAUGGAGCCCUUCAUUUACAAGUAUGAUUGCAGCAUCAUUACACCCAGGAAAAUUGGUUAAAACAGGCCAGUACCUGUCCGAAGUGUAAAUCUCUCUUAACAGGCCACAAGGGCUGCAAUGCAUUAAGGACCAAACUUUUAAUACAAGAAUGGAAAUGUUAAGAUAAUACCAUAAAUAAAACGUAUAGGGUUUUUAUACAUUUAGACACAACACACAGUAGAUGCCUUCAAACAUUGGUGUCAUAUACACUCAGUGGCCACAUUAUUGAGUUCACCUGUUGGUUAAUGCACAUAUCAAAUCAGUAAAUAUUGUGGCAGCUACUCAAUGCAUAAAAUCAUGCAUACUGUACAUGAUCAAGAUGUUCAGUUGUUGUUCAGACCAAAUAACCACAAUAGAGAUGAAGCAGUAGAAUGUCUAGGCUGGUUGAAACUGACAAGAACCAUGGGUUCCAACAUAAUUAUGCAGAAGGGCAUCUCUGAAUGCACAGCACAAUAAACCUUGAAGUGGAUGGGCUACAGCAGCAGAAGAUGAUUUUUUCAGGUGCCACUCCUGUCAUCUAAUGAAACUGGGGCUACAGUGGGCACAGUCAGAAUUUGGUGUAAACAACAUGAAUCCAACAAUUCAUCUUGCUUAUGCCAACAGAUCAGGUUGUAGUGGUGGUGGUGGUGUGAUAGUAUGUUUAAUGGUUUCCUAGUACACUUUUAGGGGCCUUUUAUAGCAACAAUCUACCCAUUGUCUAAUAGCUAUUUCCAGCACCAUGUCAUCUCUAGCUGGUUCCAUGAGUAUGACAAUGCAUUCUGCAGCGUCCACAGCCGCCAGAUCCCAACCUUUAAGGAUGGAAUGGAAAAGUCACAACAUGAAUUUUCAGUCAACAAAUCUGCAGCAACUGGAAGAAGCUGUCUUGUCAACAUGUCUGUAAGGAAUGUUGCUAGCACCUAUUUGAAUCCACUUCAUGAAGAAUUCAGGCUGUUCUGGAGCAGUGGUGGUCCUACCCAGUACUAAAACGGUGCACCUUAUAAAGUGGCUACUUAGGGCAUAUACUAGUUACCAAGAAAUGCUACAGUUAGGGGUAAAAGUUCAGGCCCGAACCAUUCCAAAGUAGCAGUUAGAUGUGUAAAUAGCAGAGUUUUACUAUUUUGUGGUAAUUAUUUUUUUGGGCAAUUAUUUUAUGAAAAACGGAAGAAAAAUUACUUAUUUAAGCAUACAAAUCAAAUUUGUUUCCUUCCAAACAAUUUUGCACAGGUAUCAUGGAUAUUUGAUCAUAAUUAAGCCAAUCAUUGGCCAGGCAUACAUGUUAGGAACCCUUUUUUUUUUUAUUAAACAAACUAGUAGCUCUGCUUAUACAUGUAUAAAAAAUGUCUCAUUAAAACCCACAUGCAAAUCUUUGCAGAAUAUA